UCUUUCACUUCCGGUAUUGCGUGUCACCGGUUUACACACAGAAAACAUGUCAAAGGUUACGUUCAAGAUAAUUUUGACUUCGGAUCCAAAACUACCAUACAAAGUGCUAAGUGUACCUGAACAAACCCCAUUCACGGCCGUGCUGAAGUUCGCAGCCGAAGAGUUCAAAGUACCCCCUGCUACCAGUGCAAUUAUUACGAACGAUGGAAUAGGAAUCAACCCAGCCCAAAGUGCAGGAAACGUUUUCUUAAAACAUGGAUCUGAAUUGCGUUUAAUACCCAGGGACAGAGUAGGAAAUCACACGUGAAUUGAAGUCUAGUCUAGGUCAUUUAUUUAAAUCAUCGCCUUCAUUUUGUUUACAUGACACAAUACGCCAUCAAAACUUCCAGUAAUAAUCAUACAGCCCAAAGUUCCAAUAGUAAAAUAAACCAUCAAAACUUCCAGCAGUAUUUAUCAGCAGGUUGAUAAGGCAUCUUCGUUGUUUAUUCUCUGGAUUUUAUUUAUUCUGACUCUCCCUUAUGAUAUUCUUUGAAAGAUAUGACAAACUGUGUUCAACGGGUUUUAUAUGAUAUAUGUAUUACAUGUGCAUGCAUAAAUAUUAUUGAUCUUGACUGGUUAGUGAACAAUGUCUGUAUUAUUCCUGUAGGAAACGAUCAUUUAUAUGUGAAAAUUUUAAUCAUUUAAUAACAUUAUCUUUGAUUUAAAAUCUUUUGAUAUCUCUUGUCAAAUGAAUGUUUUAAUUAAUUUUAAUUUGUCUAUUUAACUUUGCCGUAUACCGGUAUUCCAUUUGUAAGAAUGUUAUAAAUGUAUGUAAAAUGCUAAAAAUUUGGAUUAAAAUUUUAUGAAGAAAAACCAAUGAUACUUUGUAAAAUGUUUCAAAAAUAUUUGACACAUGAAUUUGUAA